AUGGUUUCGUUCAAGACGACGGGCCUUGUGGUCGCUGCGACUCUCGCAAGCCUCGUCCAGGCCGAGAAUUAUCAGAUUGACCCGACUACGGUGCCUUACGCCACCCGAGAGCGAUGGUGCCGCGAUGAGAAGCUCACCUGCCCUCUGAUCUGUCAGCAAACCGAGCCGCGCACCACUCUCGUCAACGACUGCGACCCUGAUACCCUCCAAUACGGCUGUCUUUGCGGCAACAACAUGCAGCCAAACAUCUCCGAGUAUAGCCUGAGCAUACCGUACUACGUCUGCACCGAAUGGGGCCGCCAAUGCGUCACCGCAUGCAACAACGACAAUACGUGUGCGUCCAACUGCCUCCAGAAGAACCCCUGCGGAGCGACGAACCCCCAGCGCCACAAUGCUUCGGCAACGUCGUCACAAGGAGCCACGGCCUCCCAGACCGGCAGCAAUGGCAUCUACACUGGACCUCCCGGCUCGGCAAGCGCCGGCAGCACGUCUGGAAAGAAGACGGGCGCGGGUGCGGCUCUCGAGGUCGGACGCUCAUACGGAUUUGUUGCGGUAUUUGCUGGCAUGUUUGUCGGGUUUGCCAUGUUGUAA